GGGGGCCAUGGGUCACAGAGAAAGUCAGUGUCAGAGUCCAGGCUAGAACCCAGGUCUCCAGUCACCUAGCUUCCAGUACUUUCCAGGCUAGCUGCAGAGAGGAGGGAGCCAGCCUCCCCAGGCGGGAUGGGCAGGCAACUUCCCUCUUCCCUUUCCAGAGUCUCCUCUGUCUUCUCUACCCUUCUCAGCCCACACUGGAAAGGACCUGGGGGCCCCAGGGGGGAGGGUGGGGCUACGGGGCAGGGAAGGUAGGUAGAAAGAUAGCUUGGCAAUGUUCUCCCCACCCCACCCCCAGGCUGCCCUGGUGCAGAGGUGACCUUAUGCAUUCUGGGAUCCCCCAGCACCUUUCUGUCUGUGCUGCUGGAGGGUGGGGUCCAGAGCCCGGGAAACAUGCUUCUCUGCCUGUCCCCUGCUUGGCUGACGAAGGUGCCAGCACCUGGACAGCCAGGCGAGGCGGUCCUGCUGGUCUCUAAGGCUGUGAGCUUCCACCCAGGGGGCCUGACAUUCCUGGAGGACUUUGUCCCCCCACGCCGAGCCACCUACUUCCUGGCGGGCCUGGGGCUGGGACCCGGCCGGGGUCGAGAGGCAGCUGAACUUGCCCGUGACCUGACCUGCCCCACAGGAGCCUCGGCUGAGCUGGCCCGGCUGCUGGAGGACAGGCUGCUGACAAGGCGACUGCUGGCUCAGCAGGGUGGUGUGGCUGUGCCAGCCACCCUGGCUUUCACCUAUAAGCCACCGGCACUGCUGCGGGGAGGGGAUGCCAGCCCGGGCGUACGGCUGGUGGAGCUGAGUGGCAAAGAGGGCCAGGAGGCGCUGGUGAAGGAGGAAGUAGGGGCCUUUCUGCACUCCGGGGCCCUGGGUGAUGCCCUGCAGGUGGCUGUGAAGCUCAGUGGCUGGCGAUGGCGGGGGCGGCAGGCCCUGCGUGUGUACCCACGCGUGGAGCUGGGCACGGUGGUGGACACGGUGCUGGCGUUGCUGGAGAAACUGGAGGAGGAGGAGAGUGUCUUGGUGGAGGCUGUGUGCCCACCUGCCCGGCUGCCCUUCCCAGGCAGUCCCCCACCUGGCCCUGAGCUGGCUGUGCGGAUCUGUGCUGUGGUAUGUCGGACACAGGGUGACAGGCCCCUGCUGAGCAAGGUGGUGUGCAGCGUGGGCCGUCAGGACCGGCCUCUGCGGCACCGGAGCUCCUUGCCACAGACGCUGGAGGUGGCACUGGCCCGCUGCGGCCUGGGUGAGACGGGACAGGUGGCGGUCGUGCGACAGCGCGUCAAGACAGCGGCCGAAGCCGCGCUGGCCGCCGUGCUGGCCCUGGAGGCCGGCCUGAGCGCGGAGCAGCGCGGCGGGCGCCGGGCCCGCACGGACUUCCUCGGUGAGUGCGGAAGGCCCAGGCCGGGGCCGGGG